UAAACAGUGGCUGGAUACAUAUAUAUAUAUAGCCCACCGAAACACACUAUUCUCCAGAACACAGACACCACCACCACUCUCAUCAUUCAACACCACCACCACCACCAACAACAACAACAACAACCAAGAUGCUCGUCCUCACGCUGCUCCUUCAGGCGCUGACCGUAGCCUUUUGCUUAGAGAGCGCGCCUUUCGAGGUGAUCGGCAAUGGUGAGAUGUACGAAGAGCGCAUUUACCCCGCCCAGAAGUGGGUUACCACAUCCUUCCUCUCCAUCUCCCACGACGAAGCCGGCGACCACAUGUUCCACGAUCUUUUCAACUACAUCGACGGCCAGAACGACGCUGGCAUUAAGGUGGACAUGACGGCCCCGGUGACCAUUCUGGUGCAGCCCGGCGAAGGACCCAACUGUGAAAACAACUUCACGGAGAGCUUCUACGUGCCCGCCGCCCACCAGGACAACCCACCCACGCCCACCAACCCCGACGUGUACAUCGAAGAGAGGCCAGAGCUGCACGUCUUCUCCAGGAGGUUCCACGGGUUUGCGAAUGACGAGGACUUCAUCUCCAAUGCCGCGGCGCUGCUGGAGGAACUCUUGGCCGCUGGCGUGGAAGGACUCAACCUGGAGACCUACUACACUGCCGAAUACGACUCGCCUUAUGCGAUCUUUAACCGCACUAACGAAGUCUGGAUCAUGAAGAAUUAAAUUUGAGCAAAGGACGUACCGCGGCCGAGCUAAUCUUCUAAUCCUUUUAGCAUUAAGUGCAUUAACCCGGAUGUUGUAGUCGACUCUCAACCCCACUGGGUCAAGGGAUUCACAAAAUAGUCAUUAAGUAUAUAUCCUUGAUUCACACACACCAGACUCCAAGAUCGAAGAGACGGAAAUGUGUGAACUUGAAGUGCCACUGUCUCCACUUCCGACUUGACUAAAUAGCUUUUGUUUUACCCUUAACGUGUUUGUUUGGUUAUAACUGAUUUCUCUGAUUUUUAUUUAUCCAUCAAUUUAGUUACCCAAUCUAUAUUUUCUACCUAAACUAUGACAUUACUGUGUACAAUAGAUACUAAGUUUAAUAUAUGUAACUUUCAAAGAAAAUAUACUGAGAAAAUCUGA